UGGCAUAGAUACUAUAAGAUUCUAAACAUGUAAGACUAAACGGAAUAAUAAAAUAAUGUGUCCAUUUGGAAACUAUAUAUAUUCUAUUUUGUUUUGUUUUAUUUUGUGAUUUUGUUUAUUCAAUGUGAUAAAUAUGGGACACUUUGUGUUCGUAGUGAUAGUGAUUUAUAUUUUCGCAUCUUCUAGUCAAUUAAUUGAAGGGUCGUGCACAUGGCCAGCCGCCUUCGCCAACCAAGUAUGGGAAGACAGCGCUCACGGGACUCUAACCUUCACCUCAAGUGAAAUAUCGGCAGGGGGGUUGGUGGUUGAUUAUACUGUUUACGGAACGGUUGAUACAUGGAUAUGCCAGGAUGACUCUCAAUAUGUAUCAAAUAACAUUUUACUGAUUAGAUCGAAAUCAUCUUUCCUUGGACUAGCAAGCACGCCUUUUUACGUCUAUUUUUGCUUGAAGUUGACGACACUCACAAGUUCGUCAUUCAUCUAUUAUCUACAAAACGAACCCGAAAUUCAAACUGCUAACAAAAACCGAGUGAAAACAUCAAAUAUUGAUACUAGCACGGCGUCUGAUGUUUGUGACUCAGCCAACGCUGCAACUGGUCAGGAGUUUAUUACUCUUGUCAAUCAAGCUUCGGCCAGUACAGCUUAUACCCAGUGUCCGUCCGUGCUGCUGGGACAUUUCGAGUUCAACUACACGGCAGCAGGGGGGACUGAGACGUGUAAUGACCCAACCCAGAACACGCCAAACGGGCACGAGCGCAUGGACGUCUGCACGGACAAAACCAAACUAGAUUUUCCCUAUCCAUGCGCAACGUCCAUAGUUAACGCCGCUGCGGAAGUUCACUGUGUAGCAUCAGUGACGUCAGGAAGUGACACAUUCGUCGCGCUUUAUAACCCUCAGGCAAGCGUUGACGGAUCGACAACGUUCCGCUUCUCAUGCCUGGCAAUAUCGUCUAACAGUCUCCAGGCGACAGUCGUGAACAACAGUUGCACGAGCGCAAUGACGUCAUCAAAUCUUGCCGUUGACGCAAGCAACACCCAGAUAGGGGGAUCCAUUGUGUUCUAUCCUUACGCGUAUGAUGUUAUUUAA